UUUCACUUUUUGAGUCAACUUCUUACUAUGCAUAUCUUUAAAUUGGUUGCACUCGGUUUUUGGUUUUACUGUGCUGAGGCUUGUAACACAUACUGUUCAAGAAACUAUCGCCCAGUUUGUGGCUUCGAUGGCACCUGUCACACGGAAGCAAGAAAUCCUUGCUUUAUGAAAACCAUAAACUGCUCGAGAGCUGCUAACAAAAAACCUGUUUUUAAAAAUAUUCGUAACGGAUCGUGCCAAAAAUCAUUAACGAUGUGUAAACCAGGGUCGGGUGAUAAUGAUCAAUGAUUUU